AUGUCUGAAAUUUAUGGUAAUUGGGAUAGGCUGGUUACUGCCGUUCUGCGCAGAGAAGAGGAUCGGGAGGCUGCUUUAAGGUCCUUUAGUGAUCUUUCUUCAUUGUCACUAUCAUCAUUAUCAUCUUCUAGUUUAGGUUCAUUUCGCCCUGACCAAGUUUUGUCUGUCGACACGGUCGGCAAUUUUCUUAAAAACAAUACCAUAAAUCUUUUUUAUAUUUUUCGGAAAAAGAAGAAUUCUAGUUAUAGUACACCCUCGGGGCCGGUUCAGCCACUGCAUGAAGCUGCAGAUUACUUCAAUAACUUUGAUCAUCAAGAGAUUAUCUCUGAAUCUGCUGAUCCUCCGUUGAACUAUGGCCCCCAAAUAAUCAUCAAUGAUGGCAAACUGAGUUUCUGGCUAAGUAAAUCAAGUGGGAAGAAAUGCUAUAGGAUUUGUGCAAGGGAGCUUUUGAUUACAUGGGCGGGUUCUCCAGUGUACUGGGGUUGGACAUCUACGCCUGAAUCAAGGUUCUCUGAGGUGGCUGAGUUAAUAAAAGUAUGUUGGCUCGACAUCCAAGGGAAGGUGCCGAGUCGAAUGCUGUCCAUGAGGACAACUUAUGCUGCUUACCUAAUCUUCAGGGUCACAGAGGAUUCUUUUGGACUUGAUGUGGUUGCAAAGGCAUCUGUUCAAUUUGCUGGAGUUAUUAGUAAUAACGCUAGGGUUAUCAGUAAUGUCAACCUCGUUAAGCCAGAGACUUAUUCUCAUUACUUGGUAAAGCGCGGCAGGGUUCCGCAACGCAGAACGGAUGGAUGGAUGGAGCUUCAGCUGGGAAAGAUUUUCAAUGAUGAAGGAAAAGGUGAUAUUGAGAUGAAACUUUCAGAGACCAGCAUUCUCAACUGGAAAAAAGGGCUGAUUACUGCAGUGGAAUUGCUUGGAAGAAUUUCUCAUCCCAAUGUACUGAAACUUCUUGGUUAUAGUCUCGAGGAUGACCAGCUAUUUCUUGUCUACGAAUUUAAACAAGAGGGAAGCUUGACGAAAUACUUCCAUAGCGGGAGUCCUGUUAUUCAAAACCUUAGGAGACUCAAAAUUUUAAUAGGAGCAGCAAGAGGUCUAGCGUUCUUGCACACAUCACAGAGACAAGGUUUUUUCCAACACAAGAAAAAGGGAGAAGGUUUUUAUGGGUAUUUCAGCUGCUCAAAAAUAUUACUUGAUUCGGAUUACAACCCUAAGAUUACAGGUGUCAGUGUGGCUGACGUUGGUCUCCCCACUGAUCUUAAAAACUAUUUUGAUCACUUUAAGCUUCUGAACUCAAGAUUAACCGGUGGCAAAGAAACUAUAAGGGACUCGAUUUGGAAUGAUGAACUUGAUGAGCUUAUACCAGUGAAAUCAUAUUUAAAGAGUGAUGUGUACGGUUUCGGUGUUGUAAUGACCCGAAUGGUAACAGUUGUGGAGAUACUAGAAGGCAUUGCAAGAAUCCAGAAUAACAAGGAUGAUAAGGAGGAGUUAGACUUGUUACUGGAAAGGGCUAGCACAUCAAACUUCAUGCAGCAUAAUUCUGUACUUCAAACAGGACAUGAAAGGCAAGAAGACAGUAAGGUGGAAAAAGGCGCGUCAGAGCAAAAUAAGAACAGAACUAGCACGCGAAGUAAAGAUUUUUCCAGUGAAGCAUAUAAAAUCAUUUAUGUUAGUGCUAGUCGAUUAAAACAUGAGAGGGCGGGUUUUGGAGGGGUCAUUCUUAAUGAGCAAAGGAGAAUAAUCAACGCCUGGGCAAUAUGUGGGGAGCCGAACUCAAGUCUAGAGGAAACAACAUUACAGGCGAUUCGAUAUGCUCAAGCGACAGCAGAGGAGAAGGGUUGGAAAAAAGUGCAGAUCAGGUAUGAUGUCGAAGGUUUAAUGGAUAAAAUCUUUGAUGAGAAAGCAUCUGAAAUGGCAUUAUCUAAAACAGCGGAAGACAUCAUUCGUAUGAGGGAAUCGUUUACAACAUGCUCAUUUGUUUAUUUUUCAAAAGAAUGGAAUGAGAGCUGUAAAAGAUUCGCUGAUAUAGCUGUGGAGACCAAAACCUCGCAGGAAUGGAGCACCGCCUUCCCGCCAUGGCUGAUUGAGGCUAAACAGAAAGGAUCAUGA